GUAGUGCGACUUGAGAGAUCUUUUUGUAAACCAAGCGUCAUGAUUCCAAUAUAGGCCUACUAUUUCAUUUUUGUAUUAUUAGUAGUAUUUUUUUUAAAGUGUGUAAGAUUACAUUAACACUUGAUGACCUGAAUUUACAAAAAAAUUGUUACGAACAUUCUGCGAACAAGAAUAACAUUCUGCAUGGAUGACAAUUCAACAACCAGAAAGUGGAAAUUAAUAAAGAAACUACGGACUUGGGUUUUCCAUAUUGGAUCAAACAACUUCCCUGUCUGCAUAAGAGGAACGUUUACAAUUUCAGAGCCACAAUGGAGACAGUUUCACCGUCCCACUGCGCUCCGUAGAGAGUAUGUACGGCUCAAUGAUUGGGGCAAAACCACGCUGACCGAUUUAUGUUCCAACCUACACCGCUCAAGAGAGGGCUCUCUGUUCCUAUCUAGGUGUGUAUUGGCUCACCAACACACUGCCAGGACAUCAAAUGUGAUCUGUGAUGACAUUACCACAUGGGGAGGUUUCGGAGGUGUCCAGUUUAAAUUGAAAGGGUGGUAUUGUAGAGACCACUGUGGCAGAGCGACCUAUGAUAGAGGCGGCAGAGAGGACGGAAGCCUAGCACUGGCCUUCCCUCAGCCAACUCCACCAGCAACCUGUAGCGGCGUAGCCCCCUGCCUCAUCACCAGCCUCACACACAUCUUACCAACAAAGCGUCAUCUGACUGUGACAUCAGUUGCAAGGGGAUGACCGAGCGCAUUCAUAACAUCAACCUCCACAACUUCAGCAAUUCUGUACUUGAGACCCUCAAUGAGCAGCGCAACCGCGGCCACUUCUGUGACGUGACCGUUCGGAUCCAUGGGAGCAUGCUGCGAGCCCAUCGGUGCGUGCUGGCUGCCGGGAGCCCCUUCUUCCAGGACAAACUGCUCCUGGGCUACAGUGACAUCGAGAUCCCCUCGGUGGUCUCGGUGCAGUCCAUCCAGAAGCUGAUAGACUUCAUGUACAGCGGGGUGCUGCGGGUGUCCCAGUCCGAAGCCCUCCAGAUCCUCACCGCCGCCAGCAUCUUGCAGAUCAAGACGGUCAUCGACGAGUGCACCCGCAUCGUAUCCCAGAACGUGGGCCUGGCCGGGCCGGGGGGGUUCCCCGUCAACCCGGGGGACUCCGGACAGGAGACACCACGGGGCACGCCCGAGUCGGGCACGUCGGGGCCCAGCAGCGACGCCGAGUCGGGCUACAUGCAGGCCACAUCCCAGCAGAGCCUGGACCGCGCGUACACGUCGCUCUACUCCUACUCCGGCCUCUCGCUGCAGAAUGGAACGCGCGAGCGCUCCCACUACGUGACGGGCUACGACCCGGCCCCCGGCGCGCGCCGGGACCAGCACGACCAGGACCCGCCGUGGAUCACCCGAAUCCACGAGAGGUCGCAGCAGAUGGAGCGCUUCCUCUCCACCCCUGAGACCACCCACUGCCGCAAGCAGCCCCGGCCGGUCCGCAUCCAGACGGGAGGAAUGCACAUAAAGCAGGAGGCGGACGACGAGUACGGCUGCUACGGCGUGGACGAGUGCGCGGAUGACCCGGACCACGUGGAGGGCGCAGAGAGUGAGCCGAAGGGUGAGAGCUUCGACUCGGGGGUGAGCUCGUCCAUCGGCACGGAGCCCGACUCAGCGGAUCAGCAACAGUACCUGGCGGGCUUCGGGAGGGACGGGGGCGCCGACGGGCAGCAGGGGGAGAGGACCCCCGUGCAGAUCGAGGUGGACGACUCCUCCCCGGAGCAGACCAACGACGGGGAGGACGGGGGCACGGCCCAAGGCGACGGUAACACGCCGCAGAGCCUGCCCGGCUCCAUCAUGGCUCAGUCACUUCUCUACAUGCGCCAGGCAGAAUCACACACCAGCAACCUGAGGAUGCCGAUCACCAUGACCAGCAACACCCCAGUAAUGGGCACGGCGGGCAACUCAUACCUGCCCACUCUGUUCGCCACGCAAUCGGCCGGCAGCAACAAGCCCUUCCUAUUCAGCCUGCCGCAGUCCAUGGGAGGCCAGCAGACCCAGUUCGUGGCCGGGCAGUCCCCGUUCCCCCAGCAGCUGACGGCACAGCAGCAGACGGCGCGGGAGCAGCAGCAGGCGGCGGCGAUGGGGCAGGGGGAGAAGAAGCCGUACGAGUGUACGCUCUGCAGUAAAACCUUUACCGCCAAACAGAACUACGUCAAGCACAUGUUCGUACAUACCGGUGAGAAACCGCAUCAGUGCAGCAUCUGCUGGCGCUCGUUCUCCCUGAAGGAUUACCUAAUCAAACACAUGGUUACACACACGGGCGUGCGGGCCUACCAGUGCAGCAUCUGCAACAAACGCUUUACCCAAAAGAGCUCGCUCAACGUCCACAUGCGGCUGCACCGCGGGGAGAAGUCCUACGAGUGCUACAUCUGCAAGAAGAAGUUCUCCCACAAGACCCUGCUGGAGAGACACAUGGCCCUGCACAGCACGGGGGGCGCCGUCACAGGGCUGUCGGGGGCGGCGGCGGCGAGCGGCGCCGGGGGGGGCCCCGUCUCCAUACCGAUGCCCAUGGCCAUGCCCGAGCCCGGUGCCGGAGUUGUGUCCCUCGCCAUGCCCGUCAGCGGAGGCGUAGGGGGCGGGGUCGGAGCAGCAGUGGGCGUGGCCGCGGAGGCAAGCUGCCAAGAAGGGACCAGCUAUGUGUGCUCCGUCUGCCCUGCCAAGUUCGACCAAAUUGAGCACUUCAAUGACCACAUGCGAAUGCACGUCUCUGAUGGAUAAGUACAAAUAGAUACACUUCUUUAAAAAAAAAAAAGAAUGAAAAAGAAAAAUGGCACUAGAAUUUUUGUUUUUGUUUUUGGGGGCAUGAAGAGUAAUGAGUAUAGACACUGGCACAUUAAGUUUCCCAGAAAGGAUUUUUUUGUUUUGUUGUUAUUCUAAAAGAAAAACAAGAUGGUGGCCUUAAGGCUUUGUAGUUUGAUGUUGAUCCACUGGAUGGAUCCUAACUACAGGCCUCUAAAUGUAUGCUUUCCUAAAAAUACUGAUUUAUGUGUUGAACACUACCGAAAGGCCUACGAAAGAAACACACACACACACACACACACAUACACAAACUCAAACUCACACACCUAUAUUCAGUAUAGAUAUACAAUUGUAUGAGUGUACGUUCUCAUGUGUGUAUGUGUCUACUCGUGUGUGAGACUUUGUAUUAGUACGUGACUGUUUGUGUGUGUGUGCGCGUGUGCAAACAUUGCCAUGGAAUUUCGUACAUGGUAAAUGUGAUCCCGUAUUGACCGUUUUGGACACUAUUAUAGACGUCCGAGCUUACUGUGGUAUAAUUUUCAACAAAAAAAAACUAACUAACAAAAAAAGAUCUGGCUUGGCCUAAAGAGUCACAAAAAAAAUAUUGUUGGUCACAAGUUUGCCUUCUUAUGUUGGAUAAGAAAAGGAGAGUAAUUAAUUUGACACUGGGUUUUUAUUUAUUGUUAUGGUAUUGAGGGAUUACAAUGCAGCUGUUCUGGAGGUACAAGUUUAUUUGAAUAAUUGUACUGAAAUGUAACUUCCUGUGAGUUGGUAUAGGAAUGGUUAUUUUGGAAUACGUUUUAUUGUCCAUGCAUUUUGAGGGUUCAGGUUAAGUUUACUAAAUUAGGGUUGUUGAGAAGACAGUAUUUGAGCAAAAAUGUAAUAUUGUUAAGAUUUUAUUUCAUUUGCAUACUGUACACUGCCACUAAAAUCUUAGAAGACUGUUAAGGCUGUUAGACCUCUUCCACUUUCAAAUAUGUUAGAUGACAACAGACGGAAGAUUCUUGACAUGGGUUUAUAAAUGAUUUAGUUCUGUUUAGAUUUGACGUACGCAGCUGUGGCAGACUUGAGUAUGCUACCAGACUCAUCAUAACUGCUGCUCUUUAACUCGCACCAGACUGUUAUCAGCUGUAAAUUACAAACAUGAUUCGUCAUUAUUACUACAAUACAAAAUAUGUUAUUUGACAAUGGAAUAGUUUACCAGGGGAGUUUAGAACAGCAGUCAAAUGGAUUACCAGGAAAUUGAAAAUUAUUCUGUGAACUUGCAUCGGACAGAAAUAUCAGGUUGUGACCCUCCUUCUCUGUAUAUCCUGUUUUAAGGACAUGACAUGGCUAUUUGAGCCGGUGGAGGAACAAAAAUGCACUACUCCUGAAAUGAUAGCUCCACCUGGUGGAACAAAUGACAUGUCAUGUUUGGACAGGAAAUACAGACUCGAGAAACACACGAGCCAAAAGAAACCACAAUUAACCCUGGUUAAUAAUUACUUUAUAAUAUACCACAACUUGCAGAUGGACUUUCCAGACAAUAAAAUACAUUCCUGUUUUCAAAGACCUAGCAACACAGUGUACAUUAUAUAUUUGGGAGUAGGGUUUGUCCUUCAAGAGUCCCGUCACUUAUAAGCUCUGCUCUGAUAUUUGGCUUGUCGUUCUUGCAUUCUAUCCAAAAUAAGACAAACAUGUCCGCCUGCAACUGCAAUCUGAUGAUCUUGCUAAUUUCUUUGAGUAGACACACCCUGUAGUUAUGACGGCGAGAGAAUAACUAACAACAAUUACAGUAAAGUCUGAAAAACAAACGUUGUAGAUUUAAAAAAAAAAAAACAAAAGUGCUACUUUUGCACAUUUUCUUCAAAUGCCUGUGCUUAAUAUUGAAUUGUUUUACUUAAGAAAUGAAAUUCUAUGAUUUUCAUUUGUUAAUUUUCAAAGGAAAAAAAGCUUAAAAGCUUAUUAAGAGGACUGCAUUACUUUCUUGCAUAUAUGUUGCACUGCUUAAACCCAUAAGUGCACUACUGUUACCAGAGAUAUUAUAGUUUUAGAGAAAAAAAAAGAAUCAUUUUUGUAUCUAUUGUUUGGUUGUAGAAUUCACGUGUUAGAAUAGCUUUAUUCCAUUUUUUUUUUUUU